AUGCUCGACGACGACACCGAUUCGUUUGGUCCGAUGAAGUUGACGUUCGACUCGACGCCCCCUCGCAAGCCCAAGUCAAGUCAACCUCCCGGUCUCUUGUCGCACUUCAAAGCGAAAAAGACACCGACUGGAGGGUCUGCUCAAAAAGCUUUGUCUUUCAAGCCGCCGUCUUUCCCGCAAGAGGAAAACCAAGAUGAAACUGACCGACUUCCUCCUUCUACGUUUGCAAGUAGUGUGGCAACAUCGACGCAGAACAACCAGACGCCGUCGUUGCAUUUCAAGAGUCGCCUUCAUCUCGAACAUGACACGACGCCUGCCAAGCCAGCAUCAAGUGCCACAGUUCCGUCAUCACACUUUAAGAAGCCCAAAACGCCACCUGCUCUACCUGCCGACACCUAUCACCGUUCAAUAGACGUGCCUUCAAUUCAGUCUCCCCAGGCGUCCACCGUUCAAGAAGUUGCCAAGUCACACUUCAAGUCCAAGCCACAAAAAGACGUCACCGCAACGCACUCCGAGUUGUCCAACCUCACGCAGCAACGAGAUCUUCUUGCUUCGAUCGAGCAGCCCCCGCCGACAAUUUACAACCCCCCCAAUAACGUCCUGAGAAAGAGCCCUACUAUUCCUAUCCCAGACGACGAACCAGCAGCUGCUACAACUGUCGCUGCCUGCGCUGCCAUCCCUUCAGCGUCGCCGUCUUCGCUCAAUACGCCGACAGUUUCUAGGAAUAUGAAUCAAGACACCCCCACCUUUCCACGGCACCUGCAAGAGUCUCUGCGCCAACACUUGGACGAAGCCAUCUACACCUCCAAAUUUUCUCUGGCCGGAGCUCGCGUCGUAUUUGCCGAUAUUCCGUCGCAUUUGCCCCUUGCGCCGCAGAAAGCAAUCUACUGGCUCGCCAAGGCCAACGUCGAAGAGCAACACAAAGCAUGGACGACUGCCGCAGACACGUACAAAGAGGCCCUGCUUGCCUUGGCUGUGCCACUCGAGCGCUUGAUCGUUGAGGCAGCCUUCAUGGAGUUUCAGAGCCGCCUUCAGAUGACCCAGCAGCCCCCAAUGAAUAUUGUCGUGCCCAACCAGAACUAA